GCCGCGACCGGAGCGCCGGACCCCGCGGCGGGGAGCCCGGGCGCCCGGAGCGCCAUGCGGCCGCGGCUGUGGCUCCGGCUGCCGCUGCCGCUCCUCCUCGUCCUCCUCGUCCUCCGCUCCGCGGCCCCGGCAGACCCUCCCUCCCAGCUGCCUGCGCCUCAGAACCUGAAGAUCCGCCUGUACAACACGGAGCAGGUCCUGGGCUGGGAGCCGGGGCCGCUGAGCCACGAGGUGGGGCCGGUGGUGUACCAGGUGCAGUUCAAAUACCCCAGCAGCCGCGAGUGGUCCGACGUCACGCUGAGCAGCGUCGGGGUGAACUGCUCCAAGAUCACUGCGACCGAGUGUGACUUCACCGCCCCCAGCCUGUCCCCGGGUUUCCUGCCCUACUUCAACGUGUCCCUGCGCGUCCGGGCCGAGCUGCCGGGGCGCGUCUCCGCCUGGGCCUCGGCGCCCUGGUUCCAGCACUACCGCAACGUGACCAUUGGGCCUCCAAGACACAUCUGGGUGACCCCAGGAGAAGGCUCCCUGGUCAUCAAGCUGUCCCCGCCCUUCACCAUCAUGGACCUCUCCAUGGUCACGUUUCAGUAUUACAUCCAUUACUGGGAAAAGGACGGAAACCCACAGGUGAGGGGCCCCUACCGGGACAGCUCCAUCGUGCUGCGGGACCUGCAGCCGCUGAGCCAGUACUGCCUCCGGGUGCAGGCGCACCUGCUCUGGAAGGCCCAGGACCUCGACAGACCCGGGCUCGCAAGCAACGUCUCCUGUCACCAGACAGCAGCGGACGCCUCCACCAGGCUGCAGCGGGUCGUCCUGGUCGCGGCGGCCACCUUCCUGGGGCUGGCGGGGCUGGCGGGCGCCUGCGUCUUCCUCAUCCUGCGGUUCCGGGGCCUGAUCAAGUACUGGUUCCACACACCGCCCGGCAUCCCGGUGCAGAUAGAGGAGUAUUUAAAGGACCCGGCUCAGCACAUCCUGGAGGCCCUGGACCAGGACAGCCCGGCAGAGGACGAUGCCUGGGACAUGGUGUCCGAAGUCUCGUCCUUGGAGCAGGAGCCGGGGACGCCCUCCGAAGCGGGGGACACUGUCCCAACACUUUGAACCACACGCUGUGGCCCAGCCUGCGGAGUGGGAGCAGGACCCGCAGCCCCCGCGCCCACCUCUUCUCUCAGGACUUCCCAAGCCCAGGACUCCACGUCCCAGCGCAGGCAGGGCCGUCGGGCCUUGUUGGGGAAGACACGCUUACUUUUUCCUUUAAGACGUUUCUAAUCAGACGACUUUCUAGGAUGAUUCUACAGAUCCCCCAGAAUGGCUCCUCUCAAACACCAAAAGGGCCUGUCUCAUUGUGAGCAAGUGGCAGGAGCCGCCCCUGGACUCCGCAGGCCUGCCGCGUCCUCGCCGCCCGGCAGCCCUGCAGGGACACCGCGCCCUCACGCCGGUCCCCCGGCUGAAGACAGCUUAAUCCUGUAAAUAGUUUCUGGUAAUUUAGGGUUUUUUUCAACCUGGAAAUAAAAGACUGUAUAGCUUUCAAAAAGU